AUGUCAAAUAUUCCUUUUCCACGUUUACAACCUCAAGCUGAUGUGGGUCCAAAACAAAUUUUACCUGAUUUAAAUAUCAAAAUAAUUUGUCCAGAUUGUAGAAAACAAGUACCAAAUAUCAUUGAAGAGUUCGCAAGUGGUGAUCUUGUUUGUGGUGACUGCGGUUUGGUUCUUGGUGACCGUAUUAUUGAUACAAGAUCAGAAUGGAGAACUUUUGCAAAUGAUGAUGGUGAUGACCCUUCUCGUGUCGGUGCAGCUGCUAACCCACUUUUAGAUGGCUCACAAUUAGACACAGUAAUUUCCAGAAGGGAUGGAGGUUCUGGAACUGCUAGAGAUCUUAAUAAAGUUCACGGUCGAGCUAAUGCUGUUAAGGGUGAAAAAAAUCUUCUUAAUGCUUAUCAAGAAAUAACAGCAAUGAGUGAUUCUAUUGGAUUAACAAGAUUAAUUGCUGAUAUUGCUAAACAAUUAUAUAAAAGAGUAGAAGAAGAAAAACUUUUAAGGGGUAAAAGUACUGAAUCAAUUAUUGCCGCAUGUAUAUUUAUAGCUUGUAGACAAGAAAAUGUUCCUCGAACAUUUAAAGAGAUUUGUGUGAUAACUAGAGUUCCAAAGAAAGAAAUUGGUCGUUGUUUUAAAACAUUAAUUCGUACAUUUGAAACUAAUGUAUCAACUAUGGCAUCUGAAGAUUUGAUGUCCCGAUUUUGUUCGAUGUUAAAACUCCGAAUGGAAAUACAAAAAACGGCUACUGAACUUACAAUAAAAACGAAAGAAUUAGGAACUCUGGCUGGAAAAUCACCUGUCUCUGUCGCAGCGGCAUGUAUUUAUAUGGCUUCAUGUCUUUAUAAUCAACCACAAUCUACUAAAGAUGUUGCUCAAGUUACGGGUGUUUCGGAAGUUACCAUAAAAAAUUCUUACAAGUUAUUACAUAAUGAAAAAGCAUCAUUACUUCAAGGAAAGAAAUAUGAUUAUACCAAUUUACCACCACCAUAA